CGGUAUCAAUAGCGUGUGCUUGGGGGAAAAAUCGCGUUGACCCCCGACAGCUCCCACUCCGAUUCCCCAAUCCCAUGGCGAUGCCCGCCGGAGCCAAGAGGGAGAGGAGGGCAAGGCUUGACGAGGAUGGAAAGGAAGAGCUCGUCGACCGCAUCAGCCGCCUCCCGGACGACGUCCUCGGCAACAUCGUCUCCUUCCUUCCCACCAAGGAUGGCGCCCGCACGCAGGUACUCUCCUCCCGCUGGCGCCCCAUCUGGCGCUCGGCUCCUCUCAACCUCGAAAUCAGCAUCGCCUACGUCUCGCGCAUCCUCUCCGCGCAUCAGGGCCCCGGCCGCCGCUUCUGCACUCAGUUCCCCUACCUCGACCCCAGCGACCGCUCCGCGACCCUGGACCGGUGGCUCCGGUCCCCCGCCCUCAACAGCCUCCAGGUGCUCGAGUUCCACCUCGGCAGUCCGCUUCAAAAUCCGCCGCUGCCGGCAUCAGUACACCUCUUCUCGUCCACCCUUCGCGCCGCCAGCUUCGGCUGCUGCGCUUUCCCGGAAGGAAACAGCGCCAGCCCGCUUCACUUGCCACUUCUCAAGCAGCUAAGCCUUUUUGAUGUCAGAAUCUCGGAAACUUCUUUCAAUGCCUUGCUCGCGGCCUGCCCUACCCUUCAAAGCUUGCUGCUAACUAACAUCUCGGGCUGCUCUCGCGUCCAAAUUGUGUCCCAGAACCUUAGAAGCAUUGGUUUUCUUCGUACUUUUUAUCGUGAUGGACACACCAGUUUGCAACAACUCAUCAUCAAGGAUGCCCCAUAUCUAGAAAGGUUGCUUUGUUUUGAAAAUGGUUCUGGCAUGGAAGUCACCGUUGUCUCGGCACCACAAUUGCAUGUUUUGGCACUACAUAGUGUUUACAACCUCAGACACUACGUUGGCAGCACAACUUUUCUGUUUGGUAGAACAGCUUUUCAGAGAUCAUGCAUUCCUAGCUCGACGACGGUGGUUCACAGCAUGAAGGUCUUAGCUUUAACCCAGCCGGAUCUUUGUUUGGAUAUGGUUAUUAACUUGUUGAAAUGCUUCCCCUGCUUAGAGAAGUUGUACAUCGAGACACAGAAAGCAGGGAAGAAAAAUACUUGGUGUCAUAAAUACAAGAAUCUUAUUGGUACCAUUGAAAUUCAUCUGAAGAAAAUUGUGUUGACAAACUAUCGGGGCAACACAUCACAUGUUAACUUUGCCAAGUUCUUUGUUUUGAAUGCGAGAAUGCUACAGUCAAUGAGGUUUGAGUUAUUUGAUCAAAAUCCCAGCACCGCAUGGAUUGAGAAACAGCAUGGACUGCUCCAAAUAAAAAAAGCUUCAAGGGUCAUACAGUUUGAUUUUGUGGCUAAAAACAGCUGCUCUUUGAUGCUUUCCAUUGAGUUUGCGGGGCAAGUACAUGAUUUGUUAACAGCUGACCCCUUUGUAAAGCUUCAUAAUUGGACAUGAUUCCUUACGACGACCAUAAAAACCCUCUUCUCCUGACUUGGAGGAACUGCAUUCUCAUCAGCUUUCGUAUUUGUGGCCAGUCAUGAAAACCAUGGAACUCAUCUCCUCGAUGAAGAGAAAUCCACGAGGGAUCUGAACAAGAUGUUUCUUUUGUAAUUUGACUCUUCAGUCGGUUGGGACUGCUGCAAAAGUUGGCGGUUAGCAUUGUCAAGGAACUAACCGCUACUAGUACCUUGUGAUCUAAAGCCCCUCUGAGCUUGGUGCGGUAUGCUGUGACUGUGUGCCAACGUACUGAAACCUUGCAAUGAUAUGAUAGCCCAUGUACCUACAACUCUUUAUCCCCUUUGGGGCUUUGCAAAACGAAUUGAGUUGCAUUCUGUAACACUAAUGGCAAUAGUUUUGGGUUUUAACUGAGUGUUUCACUAUUUGGAUUGCAAAUUUGUGUUAUUUUUAAGUU